CCUUUAAUUAUUUUCUUAACGACAAAGGAAGUAUGGGGGAAAACCGAAGUCAUAUUUAGCAUCAAUUCAAUACAUUCUCUCUCGCUUGAAGAUAAGUUGAAGAAAAGCAUCACAGUUCCGUCUCUUCUACGGCGUUGCAGAGAAUCUAAGCGAUGGGUCUUCUCUCCAACAGGAUUGAUAGAUCAAGUUUGAAACCUGGUGAUCAUAUCUACUCGUGGAGAACUGCUUACAUCUAUGCCCAUCACGGUAUCUAUGUUGGAGAUGAUAGAGUCAUCCAUUUCACAAGACGAGGCCAAGAAGUUGGAACCGGAACAGUUCUCGAUCUCAUACUAGUAAGCUCAGGCCCAUCACGAACCCACACGCACUGUCCAACAUGCGUACCACCGAACGAAGGCCACGGCGUCGUUUCCUCGUGCCUAAACUGUUUCCUAGCCGGUGGCGUCUUGUACCGCUUUGAGUACUCCGUCACCGCCGCUCAUUUCCUCGCCAAAGCCCGUGGAGGAACCUGCACACUCGCCGUCUCUGACCCUAAUGAGAUAGUUGUCCACCGUGCCAACCACCUUCUUCAGAACGGGUUUGGUUGCUACGACGUUUUCAAGAACAACUGUGAGGAUUUCGCCAUUUAUUGCAAGACGGGGUUGCUUGUUCUGGAAGGAAGGACGAUGGGACAGAGCGGUCAAGCUGUGUCGAUUAUCGGUGGGCCGAUCGCUGCGAUUUUGUCUACUCCGAUGAGGUUUGUGACUACGAAUAUCUAUGGGAUGGCGGCGACAGCGGUUAGUGUGUACUGUGCGAGUAGGUACGCUACUGAUAUUGGUAUGAGAGCUGAUGUGGCUAAAGUUGAAGUGGAGGAUCUCACAAGGAGGCUCUCUGUGGGGUUGUUCCAAGUAAUUGAGCCUACUCCAGUGGCAGCUGCAGCUGCAGCUUUGCCAACAACCACAAGUUGAUUGAUAAGCUUAAGCUUUCAUCUGUUGCUUCUUGUUUCAGUGAUGUAUCAUGUGUUUUCAAUUACCACUCGUGUUCAAAACACUCUAAUAAGCAUAACAUGUUCUUGUGUACUUUUGUAUGUUUCUCUACACUACAUGAACAAUUGAUCCUUGUGUCAAAUACUGUUGAUGUCGGUUUUAUGAAAAUUAUACUAUCAAAAUAUAAACCGUUGGUGCAUUUCGGUUUGUUUGGG